CCUAGCUACUUGAGUUAUGGCAUUUGCAAUGAUGCUCUGUUUCUACUUGUUCUUUCUUUCUCCUUCCCUUUCUUCUCCUCUCAACCCUCCAAUUUGCAAUUCUCAUGACUCCUCUGCCCUUCUCCAAUUCAAACACUCUUUCUCUCUCAAUCAUUCCGCUUCAAUUAUGUGUGAUGAGUAUUUUGAUGACUCUUUCCUGUAUACUGUUCACUUUAAGAACUCAUCUUACCCAAAGACGGCUUCAUGGGGGAAUGAUUCAAAUUGUUGCUUGUGGGUAGGGGCCAUGUGUGACUCCAUGUUAGGCCACGUGAUUGGCCUUGAUCUCAGUUGUAGCUGGCUUCAAGGUCAACUCCAUCCUAACAAUACCCUCUUCCAACUUUCUCAUCUUCAAAUACUCAACUUGGCUUACAAUGAUUUUAGUGGGUCCUUGAUAUCAUCUCAGUUUGGUGAGCUUUCCACUCUCACUCAUCUCAAUUUAAGCAGCUCUGCUUUUACUGGUGAAAUUCCUUUUGAAAUUGCAUAUUUGUCUAAAUUGGUCUCUCUUGAUUUGUCUUUGAAUGGAUUUUACUCAUUUGAUGAGAAGUGGAGUCCUUUGAGACUUGAACCAUCCACAUGGGAGAAGCUCAUUCUAAAUAUGACUGAUCUACGAGAACUUGCUUUAAAUUAUGUAAAUAUGUCUUCUAUUUCACCAAGCUCCUUAUCUUUACUCAUGAAUUUGUCAUCUUCUUUGAUCUCCCUUAAACUUCAUUAUACUGAGUUGCAGGGAAAUAUUACAAGUGACAUUUUUUGUCUUAAAAAUCUUCAGAAACUAGAUUUGUCAGGAAAUAUAAAUCUCAAUGGUCAACUUCCAAGGUCUAAUUGGAGCUCUCCUCUUUCACUCUUAGAUCUAGAAGGCUGUGGAUUUGGAGGGCCAAUUCCUUUGUGUUUCGGGAACCUCACUCAACUAAUUGAUUUGAACCUUGGUUCAAACAAAUUUAGUGGUGAGAUCUCAUUCCUUUCAAACCUUGUACAUCUCACUUCCUUACGACUAAGUGAUAAUAAUUUUUUUGGUGAAAUACCUUCCAAAAUCUCACAAUUGUGUAAAUUGGUCUUACUUGACUUGUCAAGUUUUAUUACAUUGAGGAGUACCUUGAGACUUGAACAUUCUACAUUUGAAAAGCUAAUUCUAAACAUGACUAAUUUAAGGAGGCUUUAUUUAGAUAGUGUUAAUAUGUCCUCUGUUACACCAAGGUCCUUGUCUUCGCUCAUGAAUUUAUCUUCCCCUUUGAACUCUCUUUUUCUUGGAAAUACUUCUUUGCAAGGUAACUUCCCAAAUAGCGUCUUCCAUUUAGAAAACCUUGAACGUCUAGAUUUGGCAUUGAAUAUGAAUUUGAAGGUUCAACUUCCAAAGUCCAACUUGAGCUCUUCUCUACGAUUUUUUAGUCUCAUUGGCAUACCUUUCUUCGGAAAGUUACCUGAUUCCAUCAGUCAGUUGAAGUCUCUUGAAUAUUUGGAUUUGACAUUUUGCCAAUUUGAAGGGACUAUUCCUCCAGGUUUCAAAAAUCUCACUCAACUCAUUGAUUUACGUCUUGGUUUAAACAAUUUCAGUGGUGGGAUCUCAUUCAUUUCAGCACUUGGAAAUCUCAAUUCCUUAGUUCUUUCAAAUAAUAAAUUUAGUGGUCAAAUCCCACCAUCACUUUCAAGUCUUGAGCAUCUUGAGGAGUUAGAUCUUUCAGUAAAUCAUUUUAGUGGUGAAAUACCAAAUGCGUUUGGAAAGCUCAGCAAAUUAGAUACUUUAUUCCUUAAUAAUAAUAAUUUUAGUGCUCAAAUCCCCUUAUCCCUUUCAAAUACAAGUGUUACACUUCUUGAUCUUAGCUUCAACAUGUUAGAAGGGAACCUCCCAAUUCCAUUCUUCGGAGCUCAAUUUUUUUCAGUCUCGAACAAUAAGUUUGAGGGAGAUAUUUCCCUUCUGUUUUGCAAUGCAAGUUCACUUGGGAUACUCAACUUGUCUCACAACAACUUGUCAGGCCCUAUUCCAAAAUGUCUUCUUGCCCUCCAGAAUCUCUAUGUUCUAGAUCUACAAAUGAAUAGUUUUUUUGGAAAUUUACCAAACCAUUUUUCAAAGAGUAAUGUCUUUCAAACUGUGCAUUUCAAUAGCAAUCGAUUCAAGGGAUCAUUGCCUCUAUCUUUGGCUCAUUGCAAUCAGCUAGAAAUUUUUGAUGUUGGACAAAAUGAGAUUGAGGAUGUGUUUCCUAGUUGGCUUGAAAGUUUCCCAGAGUUACAAGUGCUUGUUUUAAGAGAGAAUAGGCUUUAUGGGGUCAUUCCUAGUUCCAAUACCAAGCAUCCAUUUCCUAACUUAAGGAUUUUUGACAUUUCCAACAACCACUUCAGUGGAUCAUUGCCGACAACAUACAUCAAGGAGUUUAAAGGAAUGAUGAAAAUUAUUAAUGUUGAAGCUGGUUCUCUAUACAUGGAAAAUAAAAAUUAUUCAUCAAUGUAUAAGGAUUCAGUGAUGGUCACAUUGAAAGGAAAUACCAUAGAGCUGGAAAGGAUCUUGAAAAUAUUUACCUCAAUGGACUUGUCAAAUAAUCGAUUUGAUGGGGAGAUUCCAGAAACCAUUGGAGAGCUACGUACACUGAUAGGGCUAAACCUCUCCCACAAUAGAAUCACCGGUUCUAUUCCAAAAUCAAUGGGAAAUUUGACAAGUCUAGAAUGGUUAGAUCUGUCAUGCAAUAGGCUUGUGGGUGGGAUUCCACGAGAAUUGACGAAUCUCAACUUUCUUGCUGUUUUGAACCUUUCAGAAAAUCAACUUAAAGGGAACAUACCAAGAGGUAAGCAAUUUGAUACAUUCCAAAAUGAUUCGUAUAAGGGAAAUGUAGGAUUGUGUGGUGUUCCAUUGACAAAAACUUGCAAUAAGGAUGAAUCUUCAUCAACCUUUGAAUCUGAUGAGAAAUUUGGAUUUGAUUGGAAACCAGUAGCCUUGGGAUAUGGAUGUGGGAUGGUAUUUGGAAUACUCAUGGGAUAUAUUGUAUUCUUAAUUAGGAAACCUCGUUGGCUUGUUAGAAUUUUUGGGGGUCAAUCUAAGAAAAAAUCAAAAAGGACAAGGAGGGCUCAUGCAAAUUGAAGAAGAUGAAGCAGCUAGAGAUUCGGGCUUUGGAUGCCAUGAUGGUUUCUUUCUCAUUUUCUUUUGUUCUUUGUUUGGCUUGUGCCUUGUUGAAACAUGUUAGUUAAGUAUUGUAGCAACAAUGAGAUAUGUGUAAUGUAUGUGCUUUCUUUUAAAUGUAAUGGCCUGAAUAUUUUGUUUAUGUAAUCCAAGUGAUUUGAAGGUGAAUAUAAUGAAGUAUAA